GGUAUAUAUAUAUAUAUAUAUAUAUAUAUAUAUAUAUAUAUAUAUAUAUAUAUAUAUAUAUAUAUAUAUAUAUAUAUAUAUAUAUAUAUAUAUAUAUAUAUAUAUAUAUAUGGAUGAGUUGUGCACCAACUGUAAGUUUAUCCGAGAAUAUAGAGACAGUGCAGUAAUCGACCUCACGGAAAGCUGGUUACAAGAUCGGGAUGCGGACAGCACAGUGACUAUUGAUGGGUUUGUGUUGGUGCGGUCUGACAGGAGAGGUGUUGAUAAGAACCGAGGGGGUGGCGUUGCUGCUUAUGUAAAUGACAGAUGGUGUUCACAAAUUAAAGUUAAGGAAAGCUAUUGUGACAACAACAUCGAGUAUUUAGCGUUUACCUGUCGACCCUUUUACCUACCACGUGAACUUAGCAAGAUAAAUGUAGUACUUGUGUAUAUACCCCCGGAUGCAGAUGAAUCUAUAGCAGCUGAUACACUAGAAAACUGUUACAAACUGUGAAAACGAAAGCCCGAACAGCGCAAUAAUUGUUUUAGGUGAUUUUAAUCAUUGCGAUUUUCAAGGAAAAGUCCCUACGUACUACCAAACAGUGCAUUGUUCCACAAGAGGCAACGUCACAUAGGAUAAGAUGUAUUGUAACAUUAAGGAUGGAUACAAAGUUUUUAAACGACCUAACAUUGGAAAUGGAGACCAUAACAUGCUAUAUUGUGUUCCUACAUAUAAACAGCUACUGAAAAGAGUUAAACCGAAAGAAAUUGAAAUUAGAAAAUGGGAUGAUAAUAACAGGCAACAACUACAAGCGUGUUUUGAGUGUACAGACUGGUCUGCCCUGAUAGAAAACGGAAUUGACAUCAACACCAACUUAGAUAUUUUCGAUGGCUAUUUCCACUUCUACUUUGAUCGUACCUACCAAGAAAAUAAAGAUAUACCCAAACAAUAAACCAUGGAUUAGUACAGAGCUAAAAUCUAUGCUAAAUAAAAAAAAACACAGACUAGAGCGUAAUAGAAGUGAUGCUGAAAGAAGAAUAUUGCAAAGAAACAUAGAUAAGAAAAUAUCUGAUUCUAAAAGAAUAUACAAAGAAAAGGUUGAAGGCUUGUUUAAGACAAAUAGAGUAAAAGACGCUUGGAAGGGACUUAAAACCCUGUGUGGGCACAAGAAGAAACAGUGUGCCUGAACCAGAAAAUAUCAACACAUAUGUAAACGAAAUGAACGCGUUCUUUGCGAGAUUUGAAAGCCAUGAUUUCAGUGAUGCGUGUAAUGAGGUAAUGACAGAAAUUCAAUCUCAUAAUGAUGAAAGAAUAAUAAUUAGGCAAGAAGACGUGCAGAAGUCCCUGCAGAAUAUACGGGCAGGUAAAGCUACAGGGCCAGACGGAAUGCCUGCUAUGGUACUUAAACAUUGUGCAAAACAACUGACACCCGUACUGACAACAUUAUUUCAGGAUUCAGUAGAUCAGGGAGUGGUACCUUAUAAAUGUUAGGAAUCUGAAGUAAAACCUAUUGCAAAAAUUAACUGUCCAAAAGAUCCCAAAGAUUUUAGACCUGUAGUAUUAACAUCUAAUAUUAUGAAAUGUUUAGAAAGUGUAUUGAAAAAUUACAUCUGUGAAAAAACUAAUAAUAUAAAAGACCCUAUGCAGUUUGCUUAUUGUAAUAAUAGGAGUGUACAGGAUGCGACACUUACAUUAUUGAAUGAUGUUAACAAACAUUUAGAUAAGCCCAAAUCACAAAUUAGAGCACUGUUUAUUGAUUUUAGUUCAGCAUUUAAUACAAUGCAAUCUCAUAUUCUGCUCAAUAAAAUGCUAGAAAUGGGUGUAAAUAGAAAUAUCUUAAAAUGGAUUUUUAGGUUUUUAUCCCAGAGACCCCAGUGUACCAAUGUAAACAAUGUUAAGUCUGAUGUGAUAUUAACUAACACAGGAGCCCCACAAGGUUGUGUGUUGUCCCCUGUUCUUUUCACCUUGUACACAGAUGAUUGUAGAAGUGGAAUUGAUGACUGUACUAUUGUGAAAUAUGCUGAUGAUACAGUUAUCUUAGGAAAAAUUGUAAAUGAUAAUUAUGAAGGCUAUUUAACUCAAGUUAAAAAAUUUGUUGAUUGGAGUAAACAAAAUUUUUUGGAGCUCAAUGUAAAGAAAACUAAGGAGAUGAUAUUUGAUUUCAGAACUAAAAACAAACAUGUACCAGACCUAUUAACAAUUAGAGAAGAAAAUGUAGAAAGAGUAAACCAGUAUAAGUAUCUGGGCUUUAUGAUCGAUGACCAGUUGAAGGGCAGUGUCAAUACAGAUAUGGUGUCAAGGAAAUGUAUCCAAAGACUACACUUUGUACGUAUUUUGCGCAACUUACAUGUAGAUAAAGUGAUCAUUAGCCUAUUCUACAAAUCAUUGUUGGAACCAGUCCUAAACUUUUCGAUCACUGCCUGGUAUGGAAAGCUUACCUGUAAAGAUAAAAAUAAGCUGGGAAGGAUUGUUAAGAAGGCAGGAAAAUUAGGUGCACAGACCAUAUCAUUAGAUAAGCUCUAUCAGACAGGUACAAUGAAACAAGUGGACAGGAUAAUGAAAGAUAUCACUCAUCCGCUACAUAACUGUUACACAUAUCUAAAAUCUGGUAGAAGGUUGGCUCUGCCCAUGCAGCGUACUGACAGAUAUAGGAAGUCAUUUGUACCUAAAAGCAUUCUCCUUUUCAAUCAUCUAUCAUCACUAUAAUUUUUUGAUUUAAGUAUUCAUGGUUACUGUAUGUGAUGGUUGAUGAUGAGGGCAGAAAUAGCCCGAUAUUGCAUGUAUACGAUAGCCCAUGUAAUGACUCCUUUCUUAAUGUUUUAUUGUUUUAUUGUUUUACUGAUUUUAUUUACUUUUUAAUGUUAUGUAUAAGCAACUACUAGGGAGCUCUUAAGCCAAAAUGAAUUUCAUUUGUAUUACAUUUUGUAUUACAACUUCACGAUUAAAUUAUCUUAUCUUAUCUUAUAUAUAUAUAUAUAUAUAUAUAUAUAUAUAUAUAUAUAUAUAUAUAUAUAUAUAUAUAUAUAUAUAUAUAUAUAUAUAUAUAUAUAUAUAUAUAUAUAUAUAUAGUGAGGAUUAAUGUGACUGUAGUUAGCCUCUUUAAAGCAGAGCUUUUCAGGCAAAAUGGUGAGUAAUAAUGGGUAAGUAAGUAAUGUGGCAGAUGGCAACAAGGAUAUAACAUGUUGUACAAUUCAUUUCCAACAUCACAUACGAUGAUUUAUGAAGGUAUUUGCAAUAAAUGCUUGCAAAACAAAUAUAACAGAUAAAUAUGCAGUUAUAAUAGAUACAGAUAUAAUAGAUAAUAAUGAUAAUAGAUAAUACAGAUAUUAUAAUAAAUAGUAAUAAUAAAUGAUGCAUAUAUAAUAAAUAAAAUAUAGGAAUAAUAGAUAUUCUAGAAUCUGUAUAGUAGAUACAAUAACAGUAGCAUACUAAUGAUAUCAAUAUAAAGUAGUGUACUUGAUAUGAUAACAAGAGUCUGGAUACACUGUUGCUUUAGAAUGAGGUAAUAAUUCAAAUUAGUAGGAAGCUAAGAUCUGAUUUUUUAAUUUUCUUUUAAACGUGGUGAUAGAGGGUGCAUCCUGAAUUUGGAGAGGUACCGAGUUCCGUACACGAGGCCCUUGAUAAGAAACUGAGUGUUUAAAUGUGUUAAGUCGAUGAGGGGGAAUGCUGAGGUUAUCACGGUUGUUGCGGGUGUUAUGGUCAUGAGAUGGAAGGACGUUCUGUAUUUUAUUCUUAUUUGAAUACAUGUAAGUAGCGAUAGAAAACUUAGUAAUGUCAUCUAGUUCUAAUAUUUUUGUCUCUUUAAAGAGAGGAUUUGUAUGUUUUAAGAAAUUACUAUUGGUUAUUAUUCUUACUAUUUUCUUGAGUUGUAAUUUAAGAAAAAUUAAAGAAGUUUGAUAAGUUGUGCACCAUAUUGGAUUGCAAUAAGUUAAUAGUGGAUAUAUGUGGGCAUAAUAAAUGGUCUUAAGUACUUCUUGUGGCAUGUAUUCUUUUGCUUGAUAGAGUAGAUCGACGUGUCUUGAUAAUUUUAAAGUGAGGUUAUUUAUGUGAUGCCUAAAAGUUAAUGAAUCAUCAUAAGUAACACCAAGAAAUUAUAUUUUAUCAGUUCUUAAAAUUAUUUUUUCAUUUAUACAUAAUUGUUUUACUGUAAAUAGCAUGAAGUAAGUUUUUGUUGUAUUGAUAGCUUAGACACCAUACAUAAAGCUUUUUUUAGUUCAUCAUUAACACUAUGUAUGAGUUGAUCUGGGUUUGGGGCUGACCAGUACAUUGUCAUGUCAUCUGCAAAUAAUAUUGUUCUAGAUUCAGAAAAGAAAUAUUUGAAAUGUCAUUAAUGUAUAUUAGAAACAAUAAGGGACCCAAGACACUACCUUGCGGAACACCAAGUGUGGCUGUUGCUGUGGAAGACUUUUCAUUAUUAAAAAUAACAUAUUGUCUUCUGUUUGCUAAGUAAUCUUUGAACCAUAAAAUAAUUUCUCCACGAAUUCCAUAUUGAUGCAUUUUGUUAAAGACAAUUUUAUGGUUUACAGUGUCAAAUGCUUUAGCGAAGUCAAUAAAGAUUGAUAGAACUGAUAGUUUGUUAUCUAUGGCAUAAAACACAUCAUUAGAAAAUUCAUUUAGUGCUGUAAAAGUGUUUUUAUUUUGCCUAAAACCAUAUUGUGAGGGAUUUAGAAUAUUUUUGCUUUCCAGAUAACGCAUUAAAUAUUUUUCAUAAGGGUUUCGAAUACAUUUCAAAAUGAUGUAAGUUGAUAAAUUGGCCGGUAGUUUUUAGGAUCAUUGGCAGGUCCAGAUUUGUGUAUGGGAGUGAUUUUGGCAGUUUUUAAAAUACCUGGAAAAAUUCCAUUUGUAAUAGAUUGAUUGAAUAGUAUGGACAGAGGGACUGAGAAUAUAUUAGAGUUUCUUUUAAUAAUAGAAGCAGUUAUGUCCUGUAUACCAGAAUUUUUAUUGUUUAAUGACUUAAUUACUGCAUUGACUUCACACAGUGUAAUGAUAGGAAAUACCAUGGAGUGUGGGUGAUUGCCUCUUAUAUAAUGAAUUGGGUUUUUUUCCAGAUUGUGGGAGAUUACUGUCUAGUUCCGGGGCAAUAUUAGAGAAAUAAUUACUAAAUGCUUCAGAGAUGUCUGAUGGGCUGCUGAAUAUGAAAUCAUUAUACUGCAAUGUCUUAAUUGUGUUUCUAUUUUGUGUAUUGCCUUUUAUUUCACUGAUUGUUUGCCAGAUUUUUUUUUUUUUUUCUUUUUUUUUUUUUUUUGUUGCUUCUGAAAUUACUAUAUAUUUGAAGAUAAUAGUUGGAUUUGGCAGCACGUAAAACUUGAGUUAAAUUGUUCGUAUAUUGUUUGAAUAUCAUGUGUGAAAUGUAUCCAAGUUUAUACAUCUUAAAAAGCUUACAUUUAUAUUUAAUACAAUUAACUAUUGCGGUAGUUAGCCAUGCGUUUUGGAGUCUUUUUUUUCUGGUAUAUAUUUGGUUUACUGGAAGGCAUUUGUUAUAGAGUUCAUAAACAAUAUUAAAGAACAGGUUAAAAUUAUCAUUUAUGUCUACUAGAUUAAGUAUUUCAUCCCAAUUUGUUAUUUGUAGUUCACUGGUAAAUAAACUUUGGUUAUUUGUGCUGAAGUCUCAAAAAGACAAUCUUAUGUUUGGUGUUUGGCACAGACUGUUGUAUAAUAUUUAUAGAUAUAGGGAGAUGAUCAGUCAUACAAUAAUGUAAAAUACCUGAUAAUGAUGGAGGUGUGAAAUUAGUCCAGAUAUGGUCUAGUAAUGAUGUUUACCAAUGUCAGGGCUGUCAGGAAAUCUUGUUGGUCGAGAUAUAUGAGGAAAGUAAUUUAAAGUUUGCAUUGUGUUGAUAAAUAAGUUGGUAGGAAGAUGAAUACAAUGUUCAAGUAAAUUAAUGUAAAAAGUCCCCAAUGGGAAUUGUUUUGUUAUUUUUAAAAGUUUCAGCAACUAUUAAAUUAUUGAUAAUGUCUGUGAAUUCACUAACAGCUAUAUGUUUACUAUUGGGCCUGUAAAUUACUGAGGUAAUAUAACUGGUGCUUUCUAG